AUGAAAAGGCUUGUGUUUGAUUUCAAUCCCGUGGGAAGCCAGGGACCUCUUGGUUGCUCCUGCAGGACCCCCUCUGUGUCCUUGAACCCAGCCAGUCUGCAUCAAAGUGCAACCAAGAGUCAGGCAUUCACUAGAGUUAUGGGAAGAAGUGACACUCCAGUCACAAAGCCAAUUAAAUUGCCCAUGGCAGGCUUUCCUUUUAGAGCAGCAGUUCCCAGAGUGCAGUCUCUGGGUCAGCAGCACCAACAUCAUCAGAGUCAACGCAACCCCACUGAGUUCUUUGACAUCCAUGUGGAUGGUGAGCCCUUGAGCCAUUUCAAAGAUCCAAAGACAGCAGAAAACUUUCAUGCUCUGAGCCCUGGGGAGAAAGGACUUGGUUAUAAAGGUUCCUGCAUUCACAGGAUUAUUUUGGGAUUUCUGCAUCAGGAUGGUGACAUCAUACACCAUAAUGACAAUAACAGCAAGUCUGUCUAUGGUGAGAAAGCUGAUGAGAACUUCAUCCUGGCAAAAGUUGGACUCAGAAUGAAUGGUUCUCAGCUCUUCAUCUGCACCACCAAGCCUGAGUGGUUGGAUGGCAAGCAGGUGGUCUUUGGCAAGGCAAAAGAGGACAGGAAUAUUGUGGGAUCCAUGGAGCAGUCUGGGUCCAGGAAUGGCAAGAACAGCAAAAAGAUCACCAUUGCUGACUGUGGAUAG